AUGUGGCUCCUGGUCCUGUGCCUGGCAAUGUCCCUGGGGUGGACUGGUGCUGUGGUUCCCAUCCAGUCCCAGAUGAGCGGAGGCUCGGAGUGUAAUAAUUUCCAACCCUGGGGGUCGCUUGUGUACAAUUUCAGCAGUGUCAGGUGCGGGGGUGUCCUGGUGCACCCAUAGUGGGUGCUCACAGCUGCCCAGUGCAUGUACAAAAAUUACCAACUCUGGCUGGGUCGCCGCAGCCUGUUCCAGCAUGAAGACACAGCCCAAUUAUUCGAGGAUAUUAGAAACUUCCCACACCCGAAAUUCAACCUGAGUCUCCUGAAGAAACACACCCGCCUCCCGGGAGAGGACUACAGCCACGACCUCAUGCUGCUCCGCCUGGCAGAGCCCCCCCAGAUUACAGACACCGUGAGGGUCCUGGACCUGCCCAUCCAGGAACCCAAACUGGGGAGCACCUGCUACACCUCUGGCUGGGGUAGCAUUGAACCAGGUAAGUUCUCAGACACUGGCGAUCUCCAGUGUAUGGACCUCAAACUCCUGCCCAAUGAUGUAUGUGCCAAGGCCCACAUCCAGAAGGUGACAGAUCACAUGUUGUGUGCUGGCCCUUUGGAGGGCAACAGUGACACCUGCCGGGGUGACUUGGAGGGCCCCCUGAUCUGCGAUGGUGUGCUUCAGGGAAUCCCAGCCGGGGGCCAUGUUCCAUGUGACAGCCCCAGUAUGCCUGCCGUCUACACCAAAGUGAUGCCCUAUUUGCAAUGGAUCAAAGAGACCAUGUUGGACAACAGCUGA